UGUUUCAACCGGAAGUGACGCGAUUGUAGGAAGUGUUUAGCCAUGCGCGGGAGUUUAUUGUUGCUAUCUGGAGCUAAAGUUAGAGUUGUAUUAAUUUUCCUAUUUCAUUUAAAUAAAUAACAUCACAGGGGUUUGCAAAAUGGCUCAGUUAAAAGAAGUGGACUUACCGCCGAACCUGUCAUGUCUCAAAAGCAUAGACACUCUCCUUCGUUGUCCUAUCUGCUUUGAUUUUUUCAACAUCACCAUGAUGACCGAGUGUUCUCACAAUUUUUGUUCUCUGUGCAUACGGAAGUUUCUCUCUUAUAAGUUGUUGUGUCCUGUUUGUAACUUGCCAUCAACAGAACAAGACCUGAGGAACAACAGAUUAUUAGAUGACUUAGUUCAGAGCUUUCAAGCAGCAAGGCAAACUUUGUGUCACUCAAAUUUGGAAUCACCCCCUAUUUCACCUGAAACCCCGGCUAUUGUGAUCAAAGGCAAAGCAGCAAAACAGAAGGGCCUCAAAAAGGAAGCAAUCACCCUCAGUCAUUUUUUCCAGAAGAAGACCCCUGUGACUCCCUCAUCAUGGACCCAAACAAGUCUUGAGGGUCACAUGCCAGUCAAAUUGGAACGUGUUGAGGUGUGUAUUCAACAGCUAGACAACAUCAAGCAAGAAAAUGCGGAAGAUACAAGGGGAAUGGUGAAAGACGAAAAGAUGGAUGUAACUGCUUUCCCUUCCACAUCACAAAAUAAGCUGCAGGUUAAAGUGGAAUGUCCUGUCUGUGGAGUAGGUGUGUCCGAACAGCACAUUAAUAAACAUCUGGAUAUGUGCUUGAACAGAGACGAUAAGAAGGAGGGAUUGAGAAGUGGUGGAAGGCGAAAGGGGAUGCCCAAGCUCUUGUACACUUUGAUUUCUGUUCCAAAGCUCAAGAAGAUGCUUAAAGAAUGCCACUUGUCCGCUCAAGGCAGCAGAGAACAGCUAGUGCGACGCCACCAAGAAUUCACCCAGAUUUAUAAUGCACAGUGUGAUGCACUCAAGCCCAAAUCAGCUGGAGAAAUUGCCAAAGAAAUUGAAAACAACGAGAGGAUGAAGAAUCAAUUGGAGAAUAAACGAAAACCUUUAAUCGUCACUACGAAGAAUCAGAAAGCUGAAGAAAUUGAGGAGUUACACUCAAAGUACCGGAAGCAGCACAGUAGCGAAUUUUUCCGUUUGAUUGCCCAGGUCAGAGGUCGUCUGGAGACAUCCAAGAGAACUCAGAGCAAACAAGAAGAGAAGUCUACAGAGGAAACAGACUCCAAAGUAACAGGUGCACCAAGCAGCAUUCAGAACUCUCCCCAGCCUCUUCUUUCUACAAUGCUGAAAGUAAAGAGUGAAGAGAUGGAGGGGGUAAUUGAGCAACCAUCAAGAUCAUCUAGCCCUACAAUCAGUGAAGUGUCAGAUAGCAGCUCAAUCUCAGAUAUUUUCUGUUGAAGACAUGGUAGCAGCUACUCAAACUCAGCAAGUGAAUUCUCCUCUGCAGAAGUCCAGAGCAGCCGUUACAGAGAGGUCUCGACUCCCAUAGGAAGAUGUAUGAAGACCAUGUGAUGAGACAUCCUCAGUUCACUAUGUUACAAGAGUAUCUGUUUCAAGGUUUUUCAGAACUGAAUGUGUGGUCUAAAUGUUUGAAAUUUCCAACAUAUUAUGUACAGUAAUUUUUUUUUUCAUUUCAGUAUUAUGUUUUCUCAAAUAAAACAGAAAAAAAAAAAACUUUUUAUGGAAUUUCUGUAAUCCAUUCCAAAUUUCAAAUUGAAUUUAUUAUACUCCCAAUCGCAGAUGUAGAAGCUCCGCUUAUGCACUGCACAUUAGCUUUCGGUUUGAAACCUGCGAUCCUUGCUCCCGAGUGAAUAAUUAUGUUGGAGUUGGAAAAGAUGGACAUCAGGAGACUACUGUCCCAGACCCCUCACUGUCAACUAUCCUAUGCCAUAAAAGGAAGCAGAUAGGUUUCACAUUUUUAAUUACAGCUGUUAAAAAAUUAUUCAGACAAC